UCCCUGCAAGAUAAAAUGCACUAUCCACUGUCCACCCGGACCACCCAUUAUCCAGUUUCUCCUCUCUGCACAGAAUAUUCAAAACAAUGGCGGCAUUUGAAGCUGCACUGUCUGUCUCCUCCCUCUACUCCUCUUCUUUUUCUUCUCAUUCCUCUAAAUUCUUCGCAUCCCCCAAACCAUCCACCUCCCUGAAGCUUCAUAUUUCCAAUUCUAUCCCUCCUAUUUCCCGCAAUUUUCUGUAUUCUUCUCCCCCAUGCAUCCUCAACAACCCCACAACAAGAAAACCCUUCUUUGAGCUGAUCUGCUCUGCGGUAAAGGAGGUUACAGCUGAAGAAGAAGCAGUAGGAGAUGAAGCAGUAGAAGAAGAAGCAGGGGAAACCCAAACGCCAAACCUGAAGAGAAAGCUCUACGUUGUGAAUUUGCCUUGGUCUCUCACUGUGGUGGAUAUCAAGAACCUCUUUGGCGAAUGUGGGACUGUUACAGAUGUUGAGAUUAUAAAGCAACCAAAUGGAAAGAGCAGAGGCUUUGCCUUUGUGACAAUGGCUUCUGGGGAAGAAGCUCAGGCUGUCAUUGAAAAGUUUCACUCUCAUGAGGUAUUGGAUAGGACUAUCAGAGUAGAGUUUGCAAAGCAAUUUAAGAAACCUUCUCCACCUCCUCCCAACCCCCAAAUUGUGGAGACGCGCUAUAAGCUUUACGUCUCUAAUUUGGGAUGGAAAAUAAGAUCAAGCCAUCUCAGAGAUUUUGUCUCAGAAAAUUUUAAAGUUCCUGUCUCAGCCAGGGUUGUCUUUAGUGGCCCCUCCGGGAAAUCUGGUGGAUAUGGAUUUCUUUCUUUUGCUUCAAAGGAGGAAGCAGAGUCUGCAAUUUCUUCUUUGAAUGGGAAGGAAUUGAUGGGCCGGCCGCUAAAUCUAAAAUUUAGUGAGAAAAAUGUCAGCGACUCUGGAAGCCAAAAGGAUGAGGAAGAAAAAUUUGAGGGUCAACCAGAAGAGUUGUAAGUCCACAGACAGUCUUUAACCAAAUUGAUCUAUUUUUAUUGCAGAUUAUAAGUGGAAUCUUGGGAAAGCAGAAAUUUUGACCUCAACCACCCAUGUAGAGAGGGAUGGUGUCCUCCUGUUGUCUGUAAAUUUGCAUUAGUGUCUCCUUUUGUUAUUUAUCUUUUCAGUUCUUAGAGCAGUUGUUGUUUUCUGUGUCUUGCUAAAACAACUGUUGACAUACAUAUUACUGUAUUGUUCCAGAUAGAGAGAGCAAUUAUUUAUUCUAUAUGAUUAUUCAAUGGAAGCCUCUUUUACAA